UUUGGCACCAUGGGGACCCCAUGGGCAGUGUUGGUGCUGGCCCUGGCACUGGUGGGACUCUGGGCUCCCUGUGCUGCAUACAAGCAGCCCAACUUCAUUGUCAUCCUGGCGGAUGAUGUGGGCUGGGGGGAUCUGGGGGCCAACUGGGCAGAGACAAAGGAGACCCCACAUUUGGAUGAGUUGGCUGCUGAAGGGACAAGGUUCGUGGAUUUCCACUCGGCUGCAUCCACGUGCUCCCCAUCCCGCGCCUCGCUGCUCACCGGGCGCCUUGGUGCACGCAAUGGGGUGACCCACAACUUUGCUGUCACGUCGGUUGGUGGCCUCCCCCUGAAUGAGACCACCCUGGCCGAGGUCCUGCGGGGGGCCGGGUACAGCACGGGGGCCAUAGGCAAAUGGCACCUGGGACACCACGGCCACCAUCACCCCAGCUUCCGUGGCUUCGAUUACUACUUCGGGAUCCCCUACAGCCACGACAUGGGCUGCACGGACACCCCUGGCUACAACCACCCUCCCUGCCCACCCUGCCCGCGGCACAGCUCCAUUGCCAGGGUGGUGAGGAAGGAUUGUUACAUGGAGGUCGCCCUUCCUCUCUUUGAGAACACCACCAUCAUCCAGCAGCCCGUCAACCUCAGCAGCCUGGCAGAGCGCUAUGCGGAGGAGGCCACACGGUUCAUCCAUAGGGCAAGUGACAGCGGACGCCCCUUCUUCCUCUACCUGGCACUGGCCCAUAUGCACGUCCCUUUGGGGGUCCCCCCUUCACCCCUUGCCUCGGACAUCUACGGAGCCUCCCUGAGCGAGAUGGAUGCUCUGGUGGGACGGAUAAAGCAGGUUGCUGACAGCCAUGGGAAGGGGAACACGCUCCUGUGGUUCACAGGUGACAAUGGCCCUUGGGCACAGAAGUGUGAGCUGGCCGGACGCCUGGGGCCGUUCAUAGGGGCCUGGCAGCAGCAGAGAGGUGGGAGCUCAGCAAAGCAAACAACCUGGGAAGGAGGCCACCGCGUCCCAGCACUGGUGUAUUGGCCUGGCCACAUCCCUGCCAAGCGGACGAGCCAUGCCCUGCUCAGCACUCUGGACAUCUUCCCCACACUGGUGGCUCUGGCUGGGGCAGUGCUUCCCCCGGACAGGCGCUUCGAUGGCUUGGAUGUGUCCCCAGUGCUCUUUGGGUGGUCAGAUGUGGGGCACAAGGUUCUGCUCCAUCCCAACAGUGGGGCAGCUGGGAAGGAUGGUGGCAUAGAGGCGCUGCGGCUGGCUCAGUACAAGGCCUUUUACACCACAGGAGGAGCCAUGGCUUGCGAUGGGAGUGUUGGGCCAGCUGAGCAUCACCAGCCACCCCUCAUCUUCAAUCUGGAUCGCGAUAUCCAGGAGCAGGAGCCUUUGGAUGUGGCAUCCAGAGAGUACGAGGAGGUGCUGCCUGCCAUCAGCAGGGCUUACACCCAGGCUAUGGAGGACAUUGCAACCGACAACAUCUCCAUUGCAGAUUACUCCAAAGACCCAUCUGUGACUCCCUGCUGUGACCCACAGCACGUGGCCUGUCGGUGCCAUGCACCUGGAGCUCACACAGUGCUGGAGCAGCGCAUGGAGACAAGAACAACACAACUGGUGUGUCUCUAA